AUGAAUGAACUUAGAUUAUAUAUAUAUAUUAUAUAGAGAAUUCAUUAAAUGCAGAGGACAUAAUCAAAUGUUUCAAUUCUAAAUGCUUGGUUUAAUUUAGAGAAGGCUUUGAUUGAUGCUUAAGUGCCUGAGAAUGAGCAGGUUACAAUAAUAUCAAGGCCCCCUACAUCAAAGAUGAUGAGAGAUUAUUCAAAUUAUCACUCAGUAUGAGAAUGGUUUGAACUUUAGCAACAAAGAACUUAAUCUUUAAGACCUUUGACUGGAUUGACAAGACCUUCAACUGCUAUUACGAUGAAGAAACCUAUUGAGUAUUAGGAGAAAACAGCAACAAUUUAAUAAUCUUAGAGAAAGAUGUUCAGAAAGAAAGUGAACCAAAGGCCCUAUAAAAAGUACGGUUUUGAUAACAUCCAUAUUUAAAAGUAAUAUUGAGUAUAAUUAUAGGGAAGAAUAAGAAGGAGAGAUCUCGGAGGAAGAAUUAAAUUAGUCAACAGUUAUACAUACUUUGGAUGUGGAUUAAAUAAUAGAUCUAUAUCACAGUAAAUGUAGAGAUCGAGAACUUGAAUACUAACCGGAACAUGCUGUUCUCUUUAUCGAAAAAUUUAAGAAAUUAUGUGUAGAUGAACAGUUCAUAUGUGAAGACAAUCAAUUAGGUUUGGAGAGUGCCAAAACAGUCAGAGACAUUUUACUCUAUAACAAUCAUUUUUCCACCUUGAGAUUAGCAAGGAAUGCUAUUGGAGAUGAAGGCCUUGUAGAGUUGCUUGAGAUGUUGAAAGUCAAUAAAAAUAUAGUUCAUUUAGACUUCUCAAGUAAUAAUAUAACUGCAGAUGGCGCAUUUUACUUAUUUAAUGAGUUAAUCCCAUUGCAUUCAAUUAUCUCAAUUGAAUUAUCAAGCAAAGAUGGUUUGAAUAGGAACAAGGUCUCUGUGAAAGGCUGUGAACCUAUUGAAACUAUCUUAAAAUACAAUCAUCCUCUGCAAUUUCUAGGAUUGAGAGGUACUUCAAUCUAGAAUGCAGGUUUUGAAUGCAUUCUAUCAGGAUUGCAAACAAAUCAUACAUUAGCCUAUUUAAACGUUUCUAACAAUGAUUUAAAUGAGGAAGCCUGUAAUUAUAUGGUUUAAUAUAUUUCAAAUUGUAAUUUGGUUGAAUUAGAUUUGAGUUACAAUCCUUUGGGCAAUAAUGGUAUGGACUAUUUGUCUAGGAUCUUUGAUAAGGGUGGUUUUAUGUUAAGAAAAUUAAAUUUAGCAGGGUGUGAAAUUAAAUCAUUAGGAAUUUUGAAAUUUUUUCAAAGUUUAAGUGCAAAUCGAUUUUUGGAAAAGUUGAUUUUAGAUGAAAAUCAUUUUUCUGGAAAUGGAUUCAAUGAAAUAGAAAAUGUGUUAACAUCUAGAAUCCCAUUAACUUAUUUAUCCAUGGCCAAAUGUAGUAUUAAUGCUACAGGAGCAGAUUUCAUAGGCAAUGGAGUGGAAAGAAAUAGAACACUUAAAACACUCAUUUUAAGGGAUAAUAGAUUGACUGAUGUAGGGGCUGAAUGUAUAUUUAAAGGAUUGUUUUUUGAGAAGUUGGAUUUGAAGAGAUGCAAUCUGACAGAUAAAUGUGUACUUGGUUUAUGCAGCAUGAUUAAAUAAAGUACUUAAUUAACAACACUAUUGUUACCUGACAAUGGGUUUCAUGAUUCCUCAGGAAUUGUAAUAUGUGAAGCUAUUAGAGUGAAUUCAUCAAUGUAAUUAUUAUGGAAUACUUAGAUUAAAUUUAGAUAUUUGUGAAAAUCCGUUGAGUUAUAAAUACAUUGAUUAAAUCAAUAAGGUUAUCGAAACCAAUAGAUUGAAAUAUGAACUUGAUAGGGUUCCUAUGUACAAAAGAGAAAUUGUUAAACUCAAUAACAUUAUCCAAUAGAAGCCUACCUUGGAAAAAGAUUAAAAUGAAAAUCAACAAAAAAAAGCAAGAUCUCUUUAAACAUUGGAAAAAACAAUUGAAGAGAAAAAUAGAGUCAAGAUAGAAUAAAUAUAGAAGACUACUGAUAUGGAUGCGAGAUUGCAAUAAAUUCAAUAGUAAUCAAGGUAAAUGGAUAUCGACAAAAUAAAAUUUGAUAAUGAAUCCAAUACGCACUUAAUUAAGAUGGAUGAUGAGAUGAAUGAUUAUCAGAAGAAGAUGUCUGAAUGUCAUUAAGUAAUUACUCGUUUGGAAAAAGAAAUAAGGGGGUUAAAGGAUCAAAGACAUGUCCGGAAGGGACAAAGUGACUCUAGAUUGGAAAUGCUUAGACAAUUAAACAGAGCAGAAGAGAGAGCAUUGUAGAGAGCAGAAAUGGAGAAGAAACAACUGGAGGAAAGGAUAAAGGCCAUGUAAGGAAAGGAAUCCAUUACUAGUAGAAGGAAAACUAAGUAAUUGUCUUAAAUUAUUUAAUAAAAAUAAUGAAUAAAAAAUAUACAUCAUCCAACUUAAAUCCCAAAGUCUUAGACGACAGAGACGAAAUUAACUUUGGAACUUCUUUUAUUGAUACUAUCUAGGAUUAAAAACUUUUUGAAUACUUAACUUCCUUUCUUGAUACUUUGAGUCUCAUUAAUUUUUAGCUAUCCUCAAAAGUCUUCAAAAUCAGACGUUGGAAAAUUUACUUUAAGAAGGCUAUAUUUGGGAGAUUGUGCAAGCCCUUGGAUCAUAAAUUAAUCUCCUAGUUUAUAAUUGAUCAAAAAUGUGCAUAAUUUAUUUUUUGGGAUUCGGUAAUGGAUUUCAAGAGAUUAAAUUUAUAAUAUUCUCAACACUACAAAAAUUACUCAUGUCAGCAGUCAGUCGAAGCUUCUAAUAUAUAAAAAGACAUCGAUCGAACUUUUUCAUAACAUUAAUAUUUCAAAUAAAUACAUAAUCGAUAAAGAUUAUAAAGAAUUCUAAUUGCCUUGUCUAAAAUACAAGAGCAAAUUGGUUACAUACAAGGAUUCAAUUAAAUUGCUGGUUGUUUUUUAAUUAACGGUCUCAAUGAAUAACAGACCUUUUGGAUUAUGUAUUAUAUUUUAAAGAAGAUGAAAUACGCUACCAUAUUCCAAGAUUAAUUUAAUGAACUCAAGUUCCUGAAUUUUACAGUUGCAGUUUUCCUACGGUAUUAUGUACCAUUUCUCUCUGAUGAAUUUGUAAAUCUCUUUUAUUUAUUUAGUUAUAAAACAAAAUAGAUAUUGGAAUCAUAACAACAAGAUGGUUUUUAGUCAUUUUUGGCUACGAUCUGCCUCAAUAAUUAGUAACCAUAUCUACAUAUUAUAGUUAAUUCAAGUUUGGAACAUGUUCUUGUUAAAGGGGAUUAAAAUAUUAAUACGGGCCUCAAUUGCUAUUUUUAGAUUAGUUUCUGAUUUUGAAGGAAUCAAUGAUCUAUAUGAUUUGAUAAAGGAAAAUCUGUAUGAUCUCUUAGAAACUAAUGUUUAAUUAUAAUAGAAGUUCAUUGAAUACUUCUCGACAAUUAAAAUAACCAAUCGCCUGAUAUAAGAAUUGAGAGAAAAAUUUGAGACCGGAGAUGAGUCCCUGAGUCUCUCAUUUGAUUAAAUAUAGAAAAAACAUUAUUGGAGAAAAGGAGGGGAUAGUGCUAGAAGCUUAAUUAGUUCUUUUAACGAAAUCAUUAGCGAAGAAAAAGAUGCGUGCUUUUAGCGAUCUUAAUUGCUUAUGAAUGCUUUCUUUCCAAAGCUUAUCAAUAAAAAUCAAUUAGUAGCAUCAGAAGGUAAAAAGAACUUAGCUAUCAAAAUUGAAAAAAGACCACAGUUGAUUUAACGAUAGAUUUUAUCAUAGCAAUUUAAAAUGUCCAUUCCAUAAUCUGCCAAUGGAGAUUAAGUAUGAAUUACAAUUAUUAGGAAUCUAACAUCUAUGCUGAUGAACUCUAGAGUAGAAUGAGUCCAAAGGAAGAUGAAUCAAUAGAACUUGAAUGUACUCCAGAAAAAAUCUUUAAAUUUUCUAAUAAAAAAAGAUGAAUUAAUAUAAUGAUUGAUAUUUAUUUCCCAAAAAAACAUAUCUG